AUGGCUUCAUCAGCGUUCAAGAAGCCGCCGCAGGCCCCACCCACCUUUACCCACACUCCAGACACCAUUCUCUCCGAAACAAAGCGCCUGAUCGAAAACACGAAAGCUUUGGAGGAUAAGAUCGUGAACGACGUCACCCCAGAACAUGCCACUUUCAACAACGUACUGCUGCCCUUUGCGCAAGAUGAAAAUCGCAUGUCCCUUGACGCGCACAUCAUAGGCUUCUACCAGGCAGUGUCUACAGAUGCCGAGAUACGCGAUGCGUCAACAGAGGCGGAAAAGCAGGUGGACGAUUUCUCCAUUGAGUCGUCCAUGCGCGAGGACAUCUUCACGCUUGUGGACGCCGUCUACAAGAAGCAGAAGGAUGACCAGAGCCUUGACCCAGAGAGUAGACGAUUGCUCGAAAAAGAGCACAAAGGCUUCAUUCAAAUGGGCCUCGGAAUUCCAGCCGGCAAACAGCGCGACCGCUUCAAAGAGAUCAAGAAGCAAUUAUCCGAUCUGAGCAUAACGUUCCAGAAAAACUUGAAUGAAGAAAAAGGCGGAGUAUGGCUGACUCAAAAGGAGCUGGAAGGUACACCUGCCGAUGUGGUGGAGGGCUUGAUGAAGGGCAAGCAAGGGACACCUACCGAGGGCAAGCUCUGGCUCACGUUCAAAUAUCCCGAUCUAUUCCCUGUCCUGAAAUACUGCAAGAACGAGAAAGUGCGCCGGCAUGUAUUCAUCGCCAACGAGAACAGAUGCCCAGAAAAUGUUGACCUAUUCAAGGAGGCUAUUGUGCUCCGCGAUGAGGCCGCUCGCAUCCUUGGCUACCCAAAUCAUGCUGCUUUCCGCAUCGAGGACAAGAUGGCAAAGACUCCCAAGACCGUCGACGACUUCCUGGCCGACCUCCGCGACCGACUCGCACCAGGUGGACUGAAGGAGAUCGAGAAGCUCAAGACCCUCAAGAAAGAAGUCACCGGUGAAGCUGACAGAUACUUCCUCUGGGAUCAUCGCUUUUACGACACUCUCAUGCUCGAGCGCGACUACCAACUUGAUCAGAACAAGAUUGCGGAAUACUUCCCUCUUCAGACCUCCAUUGCCGGAAUGCUUAAGAUCUUCGAGGAGAUCUUCGGCUUGCAAUUCGUCCAGAUCGAAGGAGAGCAUCGCGAUCAAAUCUCGCCAUCCGGCAAGGGCGCCGAUAUCGUCUGGCAUGAGGAUGUCCAAGUAUUCGCUGUGUGGGACGACGCAGGUGAAGGUGGCGAGUUCGUUGGCUAUCUUUACCUCGAUCUGCACCCGAGAGAGGGCAAGUACGGUCAUGCUGCCAACUUCAAUAUCCAGCCUGGCUUCAUCAAGGAGGAUGGGUCGAGGCACUACCCUGCAACCGCAUUGGUGUGCAACUUCAGCAAGCCAUCGCCAAAGAAGCCUUCCCUUCUAAAGCACGACGAAGUGGUAACCUUGUUCCAUGAGCUCGGCCACGGCAUUCACGAUCUGGUCUCAAGAACCAUCUACAGUCGCUUCCAUGGCACCAACACUGUCCGCGACUUUGUUGAAGCACCUUCUCAGAUGCUCGAAAAUUGGUGCUGGACUCCGUCGCCGCUGAAGUCGCUCUCUAAACACUGGUCAUACUUGUCGCCAGAGUACGAGGCGGCAUACAAGGCUUCGGCCAGUGGAACACAUAAGCCAUCCGAGACCAUCCCAGAUGAUCUGAUCCAGUCAAUUAUCAACACGCAGCACGUUAAUGACGCACUCUUCAACUUGCGACAGCUUCACUUCGGUAUUUUCGAUAUGAAUGUCCAUGAGCCCCCUGACCACAGCUAUGUAGAGAGUCUUGAGGUAAGCGAGACCUACAAUUUGCUCCGUAAGAAUAUCUGUAAGCUGGAUGGACCGGAAGCUGAAGGAGCAACUUUGAAAUGGGGCAGUGGACAAGCUACCUUCGGGCACUUGAUCGGUGGUUACGACGCCGGAUACUACGGUUACCUGUCAAGUCAAGUAUACUCCUCGGACAUGUUCCACACCGUGUUCAAGAAAGAUCCGAUGAACAAGAAGGAGGGAAGACGUUACAGACACACUGUACUCGAAAAGGGCGGUUCUCAAGACGAGAUGCUUACGCUUGAGCAAUUCCUCGGCCGAAAGCCCAGCACGGAGGCCUUCUACAAGGAGCUCGGUCUCUCGUGAAAGUAGCAAGCAUACCAAGAGCUGAAAGGAUGCUGCUGAAUCCAUCCGCCGGAUGCGCCGCCGACGAUCGCUCGUAAAAAGCGCGAGCCGGUCCUCUGGCCAAGUCCGUCGCACACCACCACACCCUUGUGCCAAGGUUUGCGCGCAUUGAAGAAGGCCUGCGACGAUAUUAUGUAAAAGUGGAGAGUGCGACAUAGAGCUAGGGCAGUAACACAUUUGUAUGUGGCGGUCACGAAUGAAUGUAUUAUGUGGAACGGCCCAUCGUCCUGUGCUACAUUCCCCACCAUGCUGACAGUACAACUUAAUCUAGCAAUCUGCAGUCACGAACCAG